CGUUGCUGCUUCAUUGUGUUUAAGUGUGAAUUCAAAUCAUAGAAGUAUGGUUUUUGAAAGGGAAACGAUCAAACAUGGACAGCCUGACGAGGCGGAGGAGGUACGGCCACUAAUUUUAGAGUAUUACUGUAGUUUGAAGAAAGAACAAACACUAAUAGAGGAAGAUGCGGGAGAAGAUGGUGCUGAUGAGGAGGAAGAAGAGAUGGUGGACCCCCUAGAAGCAAUAAGACAGAAAUGUGAGCAGACGGCACAUUGCAUGCAUGCAGAAGAAAGACUAGAAGCUUGUGAAACUCGAGUUGGCUCACGGUCACACACUGAAGAGGACUGCACAGAGGAGCUGUUUGACUUUCUACAUGCACAGGACCACUGCGUUGCACAAAAGCUCUUCAGUUCAGUUAAAUGAAGCCCCACUGAGACACUCCGUUCGUUCCAGUUGAGUAUCUGAGCUGUAGAUGUGUAUGUAAAAGUUCAGAACAAGCAUAAACAAAUCUCAAAACUUGUAGUUGUAUGUGAAUAAAUGUGUGUAGACUUCAUGUACACAUGUCUUUGCCUUA